ACCCUUUUCUGUCUCUAGAAUUGCAGCCAGCCACCAAAGAGUUCUCUCUCUAGCCGAACUAGUUCCUCAAUUCGCUUCGUUGAUUUGAAUACUAAGUUGAAAUGGGUCAAAGGUAGAGCUGUUCAGUUUUCCAAUCGAUCUGCUGAGCAUCGGAGAAGCAGGGCUUGAUUUUGUGUUAUGUUGGCCCAUAUACUUCCGUUUGGAUCUCUACUGUUGAGCAGACUUUCAGAACCUGCUGUGGAGGAAAGAGUUACGUGUUUGUAUUUGUGCUGUUGUAUUAGUAUCUGAACAUGCCUAAGGCAAGGAAAGAGCGUUCCUUUUCAUUUGAUAGGUCAAGGGUAUCUCCUUUUCCCUACAGUUCCAGUCGUUCAAGAGAAUCAUUGGCCAAAAACCCUUUGGAGGAUGACAAGAAUAUGAAAGAAUGGGAAGAUGCCAGAUGCCCAGUUUGUAUAGAACAUCCCCACAAUGCGAUUCUACUUUUAUGUUCGUCUCAUGAGAAAGGUUGUCGCCCUUUCAUGUGUGACACAAGCUACCGCCACUCCAAUUGUUUUGACCAGUUUCGUAAGUCGUUUGGUGAAGCUACGCCAAUGAUGCAAAGACCAGAAGACACACCAAUCUCAAUCUCUUCCGUGACGACAUCUGCCACAUUGAUAUCAGAAUCCACGGUCCCUGAUUUAGAAGAUGAAAGAAGAGGGAACGCAUCUCUGCCAGUGGAAGGUGUGUCGGUUGACAUCCCAGAGAAGCCAAAGCUGGUAUGUCCUCUUUGCCGGGGUUUAAUAAAUGGGUUUAUUGUUGUGGAGUCUGCUCGUCGUUUCAUGAACUCAAAAUCAAGGUUUUGUGCAAGUGAAACCUGUGACUUCAGUGGCACUUAUACAGAUAUUCGGAAGCAUGCAAGAUUGGUGCAUCCACUUGCUAGGCCAAUGGAAACCGACCCAGAAAGGCAGCGUAACUGGAGGAGAUUAGAGAGACAGAGUGAUCUGGGAGAUCUACUUAGCACACUUCAUUCUUCCUUUGGCGAAGAGAGGAUCGAAGACAGCAACACUUUGACCAUCGAUGAUGGUGGCUGGCUGACUGUAUUUUACCUUGUUCGAUUAAUCCGACCGGGAAGUACUUCAGGUCAAUCCAUUACUUCAAGAACUCGUGCUCAUAUCAGAAGAUCAUCAAGACGACUUUGGGGCGAAAGCCGUGAUGGAGAAAUCGAUUCCAUAGAUGAUGUUGACGAAUCUUCCAACAGCGGGCAAAGCCAAGUGGUGCAUCAUGAUAGGGCAUCGAUCAACACCUGAAAACUAGUUGUCAUUGCUGCAAAUGUCGGGUUUGCAUUGUUAUUUUUCCUUAAAAACUCGACAAUCUUUGAGACAAUUAUAUUUACGUUGAAUUGUUCCUUAUUGACUUGAAUAAAUUGUAUUUACGUUGUUUUAUGAAUCAGUUGAAUGUAUAGCAGAGUGUUUAUAGGUUUUA